AUGGCGGCUACCUUAACUAAUGAGCAGGAGACCCACUGCUCCCCUGCUUUCCCGGGUAUCCAUACCAGCGGUUCUCCCGCUAAACCAGACAUCCCCUCGCCGCAGGGCCCAUCCGAAAUGGAGGCCAAGUAUUACUACUACGGCCUGUACUCCGCCCCGGUUUUAGUCGCUCGCACGAGUACCGCUCCGUGGGAGGUGCCCGGUCCGGAGGCAUUCCCAAAGGCCAAGGAACUUCGCACCGUCGGCAAUCACACCCUCCAAAAGGUGUGGGAAGAAUCUCUCGCUCCCAAGCUUCACGCCGUUCUAGACUCGACGAAGGUGGAUUGGACCUGCACCGAUGUCGUACGCGUUGGUUACACCGGAGAGUCUUCCGCGCCUGUGAUCCUCUGGAUUGGCGUGGUGCCCGCAUCACUCUCUGGUGAUGACGGCGUCGUUGUGGCCUUCAAGUGCCUGGAGGUGAUCAGAGAAUACGAUAUUGCUGACAUUGAAGUCGAGAUUCGCGAGUCGGUUGUUACCCGCACGGCCGGUCCCAAGUUCCUCACAACCACGCACUUCUCUGACCCCACACUCGAUAUCCGCGAGCCCCUUACCACGACGCUCGGCCUUUCCAUCUGUGCCCAGGCCACACCUCGGACUGAGGUUUUAUCCUUGACAGAAUGCAAUUCCACGGGCUCUCCAAGCCCAACGUCGACUUCUGACCUUGCCUAG